GUGCUCUGUACCCGACGGCCGACCCUACCCUGCCGGCGGCGAGGAACAGCGGGCACACGAGCGGCGGAGGAGCGGGGAUGGCGGCGCAGAAGAGGUGGAGGUUCGCGAUGGUGUGCUCGUCGAACAUGAACCGGAGCAUGGAGGCGCACGCGGUGCUGGGCCGCGCGGCGCUCGACGUCGAGUCCUACGGCACCGGCUCCCAGGUGAAGCUCCCGGGCCCGUCGAUGCACGAGCCGAACGUCUACGACUUCGGCACCCCCUACGGCGGCAUCUACGAGGACCUCCGCCGCAAGGACCCCGACUUGUACAAGAGGAACGGCCUGCUGCCAAUGCUGAAGAGGAACAUUGGCGUGAAGCUGGCGCCACAGAGGUGGCAGGAUAACGCCGGCGAUGGGGUGUUUGAUAUGAUACUCACCUUUGAGGAGAGAGUCUUUGACUUAGUAGUUGAAGAUAUGAAUAACCGCGAGCCAAGGCUAUUUAAGAGUGUGCUGAUAAUCAAUAUGGAUGUGAAAGAUAACCAUGAAGAGGCCAGUGUUGGGGCGAAGCUUGCUUUAGAUUUGUGCCAGAAGCUUGAAGGAGUGCAUGAUGAUUGGGAGGAAAUCAUUGAUGACCUGAUUGCUUCAUUUGAGAAGCAGCACAAGCGGAAACUCACAUACUACACCUCAUUUUACUAACUCCGUAGCUGCUUGUGAGGACUGUACGAGGCAGAAUCAUUCUUAGUUUAACUUAAUUAUGUUGUGAAUGGUUGGUGAUAUCCAGGAAAUCGUGCGAAAAUGAGGCAGCAGCUGGAUUAUAUUGUGCUCUGCUCACUUGUCUGUUGUCACAGAACAGAGACGCUGAUCUUGAAACCAUCUUAACAAAAUCAUGCUCAGUCCAUGUUCUGAUUUUCA